AACACUUUAUUGAUUCAUUCCCACAGUGUCUUCCUGUAAUCCGACACACUACCCACCAUGCACUGGGAGGUUUCUAAGGCGACUCUGACAGUCAACAAACAUGACUGCAGCUGCAGGGAGCUCUCACCAACGUGAGCGAUCCUGCUCCCACAUCCCAACGUUCUCAAGACAGCAUCCCAUGAUCCCCAAACUGUAUGUGAUGCCAUGGAAACAGGACAUGAAGAAUCAGAGACUCCUGAUGAAGAACGCAGCUCUGGCAGGGAUCCCUGUGGUUCCACUUGAGGAGUCUUUGUGUUUUUGUGGUCGGGAGCGUCUCUGCCACAAUCAGGACUCCGCCCACCGCUCCUCCUCUUCUUCUUCAGCUCCUUUCAGCCAGACUGGACUGACAGCUCAUCAUUCCUCCCACUUCUCCAGGUACAACAGCUCUGCGGUGACAGCCAGGCAGCUCUACCAAACUUGAAGACACAUCACACAAAUGCAAAUAACCUUUUCUGUCUGUGGUUUCAACACAGCUGCAGUGUAUUUAAUAUUUAAGUUUACGCACAUACAGUAAUAGCAGGAAAUUUGUUCCUUUAUUUCAGUUUGCAAAUGAUAAUUUGGUCCCAUUUCUUUCUCACAUAUAACAUAUAUAAUAUACAGAA